AUGGGUGAUGCUCCAGCAGAGGGUGCACCGCCAGCAGAAGGUGCACCACCAGCAGAGGGUGCACCGCCAGCAGAAGGUGCUCCAGCACCAGAAGGAGGAGCUCCACCAGAAGCUCCUGCAGCUCCUGAAGCUCCUGCACCUCCCGCCGGACCACCAACGUUGAACAUCGAUCCACCAGCAGCUCAGGUACCUGCUGCGGGCGGACAGUCUAUACACCAGAUCUCCAAUCCAAGCGGUGUCCGUUUGGCUUUCAAGGUAAAGUCAACGAAUAACAACGAUUACCGCUUGAAACCGGUAUACGGAUUCGUCGAAGCCGGUGCAGCAGCUCCAUUGGAAAUCACUCGUACAGCUGGACCACCGAAAGAAGAUAAAUUUGUCAUUCAGUUCAAGGAAGCAGCUGCAGAUGCCUCUGAUGCUGCGGCUAUUUUCAAGAAUGGACCACCAAUGGGGGAAGUUACCUUGCCCAUUAUGGCCCAAUAA